AUGGAAAAAGUUCCCACCCGCCUCAACGUGGCCCCCGUGCCUCCGGACGAGAUCUUCGCCUUGAACGGCGCCUACUUCGCCGAUCCCCACCCGCAAAAGGUCAGCCUUGGUGUCGGUGUUUACCGCACUGAUGAAGGCAAGCCAUGGCCGCUGCCGGUCGUCGAGAAGGCCGAGAAGGAAUUGGCAGCCGAGAACGACCCCAUGCGACACGAAUACACUGCGAUCGAAGGUGACGUCCCGUUCCUGGGACUCGCACGGGACCUGAUGUUCGGCUUUGAGAACGGCAACAGCGACACAGAGGCCAAGGCACGCAUCGCUUCUGUGCAGACUGUUGCCGGAACAGGUGCUAACCACCUCGGUGCCCUGUUCCUGGCACACCACAUGAAGCCACGUAACGUUUGGUUGUCGAACCCCUCAUGGGCGAACCACAUGACUAUUUGGGAAUUGGCUGGUGUCCCCCGCAAGACCUACCCUUACUACCAUGCUGCGACUCGGUCUUUCGAUUUCGAGGGCAUGAUUGCUACCCUCGAGUCGGAAGCGCUGGAGGGAGAUGCUGUCCUUCUGCACGCUUGUGCGCACAACCCCACCGGUUUGGACCCGAAUAAGGAGCAGUGGAUGGCCAUUGCGGAUGUUUGUGAGCGCAAGAAGCUCUUCCCCUUCUUUGACUCUGCGUACCAGGGUUUCGCUUCUGGAUCAGUUGAGGAGGACGCCUGGGCCGUCCGCUACUUCUUUAACAACAAGCCAGAUAUGGAGAUGUGCGUUGCGCAGUCUUUCUCUAAGAACUUUGGUCUGUACGGCCAGCGUGUUGGUGCUUUCCACUAUGUUACCAACCGCAGUUCUACUGUUAUUCGCGAUAUCAUCGUCAACAACUUGUGUCACUUGAUCCGUGGCGAGUUCUCUAUGGGCCCUCGUAUCGGUACUACCAUUGUGAAGAAGAUUUUGACCAACGACGAGCUAGUUGCCGAUUGGCACCAGGAUCUACAGGUUAUGAGCUCUCGCAUUAAGACCAUGCGCCAAGCGCUGUACGACGAGUUGGUUCGUCUGCGGACUCCUGGCACCUGGGAGCACAUCAUUGAGCAGAAUGGCAUGUUCUCCUACACCGGUCUGACUCCCAAGCAAGUUUACGCUCUCAAGGACCAAUACCACAUUUACCUGCUCAAGUCCGGCCGGGCUUCCAUCAGCGGCUUGAGCGAAAAGAACGUCAAGUACGUGGCACAAGCCAUUGACGAUGUCAUCCGCAACGUGCUGUAA